AUGUGUGGAAUUUUCGCGUGCCACCAUCACCCUGAUAUCCAAAAAUUCAAGCCGACCGCGUUGCGCAUGGCCAAGGCUGUGCGCCAUCGCGGUCCCGAUUGGAGUGGAAACUUCUGCGCUGAGAGCACUAUCCUCGCACACGAGCGCCUGAGCAUCGUCGGUGUCGACUCCGGUGCCCAGCCCCUUGUCAACGAAGAUAGCAGCCUCGCCCUCGCCGUCAACGGCGAGAUCUACAACCACCGCUCGAUUCGCAAGAACCUUCGACACAAGUACAACUUCAAGACACACUCUGACUGCGAAGUUAUCAUUCCCUUGUACGAGGAAUAUGGCCUUGAUGCCCCCAAGCACCUCGAUGGCAUGUUCUCUUGGGUUCUCUGGGAUAAGAAGCAGGACCGUGUUGUUGCUGCCCGUGACCCCAUCGGUGUCACCAGCUUCUACCUCGGCCGCUCCUCAACGGCCCCCGGUGCCGUCUUCUUCGCUUCCGAGCUGAAGUCCCUGCACCCCGUCUGCGACGACAUUAUUGCCUUCCCUCCCGGCCAUGUUUACGACUCCAAGACCGACAAGCUGACCCGCUACUUCGAGCCCAAGUGGUGGGAUCCCACCAACGUUCCCUCGACCCCGGUCGACUACAAGGUUAUCCGCCACAGCCUGGAGAAGGCUGUCCGCAAGCGUCUGAUGGCUGAGGUGCCCUACGGUGUUUUGCUCUCUGGUGGUUUGGACUCCAGCUUGGUCGCAUCUAUCGCUCAGCGUGAGACUCUGCGUAUGGCUGAAGCUUCUCGCAACGCCUCUCUCCAGACCGAUAGCGAGUUGGUUGGCAUCGAUGACGACAACGAGCUGUCGACUGUCACCACUUUCCAGCAGCUGCACUCAUUCUCCAUCGGUCUCCCCGGUGCCCCCGAUACCGAGGCUGCCCUUGAGGUCGCUAAGUUCCUCGGCACCAAGCACCACCCCUUCACCUUCACUGUCAAGGAUGGUCUUGAUGCCCUCUCCGAUGUGAUUUACCACCUCGAGACCUACGAUGUGACCACCAUUCGUGCCUCUACCCCCAUGUACCUGCUCUCUCGCAAGAUCAAGGCCAUGGGUGUUAAGAUGGUUCUGAGUGGUGAGGGUUCCGACGAGAUCUUCGGCGGUUACCUCUACUUCCACGCUGCCCCCAACCGUGAGGAGCUCCACAAGGAGACCGUCCGCCGUGUCAAGAACUUGCACUUGGCCGACUGCCUGCGCGCCAACAAGUCCACCUCCGCAUGGGGUCUUGAGGCCCGUGUGCCCUUCCUCGACAAGGAGUUCCUCGAGACCUGCAUGGGUGUUGACCCCAAGGACAAGAUGAUCACUCCUGAGCGUAUUGAGAAGCACAUGCUGCGCAAGGCCUUCGAUACCACCGAUGAGCCUGAGACUGCUGCCUACUUGCCUGACAAGAUCCUCUGGCGCCAGAAGGAGCAGUUCAGCGAUGGCGUUGGCUACAGCUGGAUCGAUGGCCUCAAGGAAGAGGCCGAGCGCCAGGUCACUGACGAGAUGAUGAAGAACCCCAAGCCUGAAUGGGGCACUGAUGUGCCUGACACCAAGGAGGCUUACUGGUACCGUACCAUGUUCGAUGAGCACUUCCCCUCCACCUGUGCCGGCACUGUCGAGCGCUGGACCCCUACUUGGUCCAAGCAGUCUGACCCCAGUGGCAGAGCUAUUGCCAUCCACAACCAGAAGUAUGACGAGACCGAGUAA